AUGAAGUUUGUACAAUUGUUUUUUGCAAUUGCGACUCUUUUUGCUACGUUGAAUGCAAUCUUUUUUGGUUACCCCAACAAAACUGAUGGAAGUAUAAUUUUUGGUUUGCAUGACAAAAGAGAAGAGGCAAAACCAGUGCCACUUCCAAAGAGGGAAAUCAAAACAGGAACUGCCUCGUAUAGAUAUGGAACAGGCAAGAGAGACACGUACCCAUUACCAGCAUGGAUCCCGCUUGAAUACUUGGAUGGUGUUGUCAACUCGUACCUCAACCACACCAUCCCAAGAGGGAAAGCUGGUUUCGAUAAGGUUUUGGAAAUAUUGCACAUUAAUGCAACCUUGGCUUCUGAGCUUUACUUAUUCCCAAACCAAACGGCAAUAGCCUGGGCCGGCGAAGUGGCGAUUAUUCGUGCUAUCGAAAGAGAAUACGCGGAAACCCAUCCAGCGCCUAAACCAUUCUAG